UGGGGAACCAUGUGGAUCAUGAUGCGGCGCGAGAAGCGGGACCGGCGCCACUUCAAGCGCAUGCGCUUCCCGCCUUUCGACGACGAGGAGCCUCCGCUCGACUACGGCGACAACGUCCUCGACGUGGAGCCCCUGGAGGCAAUCCAGAUGCGGCUCGACCACGUCGAGGACGAGCCGAUCAUCGAGUGGUUCUACGACCCUGUGCCGCUCCUGAACACGAAGCAG